AUGAAAAUUAAGACUAUGCUAAUACGGUUGGAAUACUCCAGAUAUUUGGACUAUAUGAACAUGGAGCUUCGCAAGAAAAGGUACCUUAAAGGUAUCGCAGAUAAAUAUGGGGUACAAUUACAAACCGUCGAAGAGUUCAGGAGAAUCAUUGAAAGAGACGAGCAAUUUAUAAGAGAAAGCUACGCCGAAUCAACGGGUUGGAUCAAAUCCCAAGAUUUCGUUGAAAUGAUCCUACAUGACUCGGUAUUCAUACUAGGAUUCUUCAUUCAGACCGGAACUCAAAAGUGUAACAGGAAAGAAGAUAUUCUGUUCGAGGAGCCCUGUCUCAUAACCACUAUUUUAGAAGACCUAAUCUUGCUCGAGAACCAAGAAGAACUUUUCGAACCUUUUCUCUUUCAGCUUAAAACUGAGGAAACGUUCCGUGACAUUAUCCUUCGAGUUUUUGGGUUUGAAGGAAAGCUACAAAAGGACGUAAAAUUACGACAUUUUACCGAUUUGUAGCGACGUGUCCGUGUCGUAACACUUGGUUUGAAAGAAGAAGAGCCUAGUAGAGGAAAGGCUGAGCAACCGAGGAGCAUAAUGACUCUAUACAAUGCAGACAAACUAGACAGCGCAAGUGUGGAUUUUGUGAAUGUGGGUGAAGAAAAUGAUUUAUCGUUGGUGAUUGAUUUCCAAGGAGGAAUCUUGAAAAUGCCUUGUUUCACAGCCGAAGAUAACACCGAGAAGGUUAUUAGGAACUUAAUGGCACUCGAGCAGUGCCAUUACCCUUUCUCUGCUUAUGUUUGUAACUACAUUGCCUUCUUGGAUUUCCUCAUCGACACUGAGCAGGAUGUUGACUUGCUCGUCAAGAAAGGGUUUAUAAAGAACUGAUUGGGACGUAAAGGGUCAAUUGCGGAAAUGGUGAACAAGUUGUGUUUAGGGAUUGUUGACUAUGGCUAUUACUAUUACGAUAUAACAGAAAGCCUCAGCUAACACUACGAAAAGCCUCUCAACAGAUCCAUGGCCACUCUCCGGCGAGUCUACUUCAGAGACCAUAUCUCAAGCAAAUUACGAAAGUUCAGAAAAGAAAAAAAAAAACAUAUUUCAAAUAGUUCAUAA